AUGUUGCUCUUCCUGGUGUUCUUGAUGAACAAAAUAGUUACUCUGAGCUGCCCUGCAGGUGAUGCCUUCCCUGUUCCACAGGAGUCGUACCAGCCUGGCCACCUCGUCAUUGGUGGGAUGGUGUCUCACAUUGUUUAUCACUUCUAUGACAUUCAGUUUAAUGAACAUCCUUCUCUAAAACUUUAUGGCUUGCCACUUGUAAUAACUAAAUUCUAUCAGGACGUCCUUGCCUUGGUCUUUGCUGUGAAGGAGAUCAAUGAGGACUCCCACAUCUUACCCAACAUCACUCUUGGGUUCCACAUCUAUGACAGUUACUACAACCCAAGGAUGACCUAUCGCACCACUCUGGACCUGCUUUUCAAAUCCAAGGAAUUUGUCCCUAACUACAAAUGUGACAGUGAGAAAAAUCUCAUGGCCAUCAUUGGAGCACUUCAGACUGAUACUUCAUCCGAUAUGGCAGAAAGUAUAAAUCCCUACAAGAUUCCACAGUUGACCUAUGGCUCUUUUGCCCAAGAAGAGUUUCAGACCGCAACAUUAUCUUCACUUUACUGCAUGGUCCCAAAUGAGGACCAUCAGUACAUUGGAGUUAUGCGACUUCUUCUCCAUUUUGGAUGGACGUGGAUUGGAGUCUUUGUUUUUGAUACAAAUAAGGGAGAGCGUUUUUGGCAAAAACUGCAGUCAUUGCUUUCUGGGAAUGGCAUCUGCUUAGCUUUCACACAAUAUAUUCCACAACUAGUCCACUUGGAAAACUUGUCUGAAUUGCUCCGUGCACACCCAAUUAUUUCUAAUAAACUGAUAGAUCAGAAAGCAAAUGCUUUUCUCGUCUAUGGAGAAUCAUUCACAAUCGUGUGGCUCAGAGUUGUUGCGUUUCUACGUGAUCCUGAAGAUAAAGAGAGUGCAUCAUUUAGAAAGGUUUGGAUCCUGAUGAACCCGAUUGAUUUCAUACUGACAGGGUUUCAAAAGGGUUGGGACCUCCAGAUGUUCCAUGGGGCUCUUUCCUUUGCAGUUCAUUCAAGAGAAGUUCCAGGGUUCAAAGAAUUUCUUCAGGUCAUCAAACCUUCAACCCACAAAGACGGAUUUCUUAAAGACGUUUGGGAACAAUUGUUUGACUGUUCAUUUGCAAAUGCAGAAUUAUCCUCAAUGAUCAGUGAAGCUUGUAGUGCAGAAGAGAAUUUGGAGAAUCUGCCUGGCCCUUUGUUUGAGUUGCAGAUGACUGGCCAAAGCUACAGCAUUUACAAUGCUGUUUAUGCAGUGGCCCAUGCUUUGCAGGAGAUGGCGAGACCAAGAUCUAAACAGGGAGAAAUUCCAAAGUUUGAAUUUCCUGAUCUGCAGCCUUGGCAGCUCCACAAGUUCCUUCAAGGUAUUUCUUUUAACAACUCAGCUGGAGAAAGAGUCUUCUUUAAAGAGAAAAGAGAAGGUCGAGGUGGCUUUGACAUCCUCAACAUGAUCACUUUUCCAAACAGAUCCUUUCAGAGAGUUAAAGUUGGAAUGUUAGAUCCCAGUGCUCCAAAAGGGAAAGAAUUAUGCAUUGAUGAUGAUUUGAUUGUCUGGCACCCAGCUUUUAACCAGGUUCUUCCACUUUCUCGGUGUAAUGACCAUUGUGCCCCAGGAUCCUGGAAGAAAGGGGCUGAAGGAAAACUGUUCUGUUGCUAUGAUUGUGUCCCAUGCCCAGAAGGGAAGAUUUCAAAUCAAAAUGAUAUGGAUGACUGCUUUGAAUGUGCAGAAGAUCAUUAUCCUAAUAAAGAAAAGCAAGGAUGUAUUCAGAAACCGGUGGUCUUUCUAACUUUCGAAGAAACGUUAGGAAUUGGUUUAGCCUCCACUGCUCUUUGUUUCUUCUUCUCGACAUCUUGGGUACUUGGAACUUUUAUUAAGCAGAGGGAUACCCCCAUUGUUAAGGCCAACAACCAGGCUCUCACCUACACCCUGCUUGUCUCUCUUCUGCUCUGCUUUCUCUCCUCUUUUUUCUUCCUCAGCCCACCUGUCAAGGUGACCUGCCUUCUCCGACAAUCCACUUUUGGCAUCACCUUCUCAGUGGCCAUUUCCAGCAUCCUGGCCAAAACCAUCACAGUGGUUGUUGCUUUCAUGGCCACCAAACCAGGUUCCCACAUGAGGAAAUGGGUGGGGAAAAGAUUGGCCUUCUCUACUGUCCUUUCCUGUUCUCUCUUCCAAGUAUGUAUUUGUGUUCUUUGGUUGUCAACAUCUCCCCCAUUCCCUGAGUUGGACAUGCACUCAGAAUCCAAAGAAAUCAUUUUACAAUGCUAUGAGGGCUCAGCCUCCUUUUUCUACUCCGUCUUGGGCUACAUGGGUAUCUUGGCCAUGGCCAGCUUUAUUGUGGCUUUUCUUGCCCGUAAAUUACCUGACAGCUUCAAUGAAGCCAAGUUCAUCACUUUCAGCAUGCUGGCCUUCUGCAGUGUGUGGGUCUCCUUUUUCCCAGCCUAUUUGAGCACCAAAGGAAAAGUCAUGGUAGCUGUGGAGGUCUUCUCCAUCUUGUCCUCCAGUGCUGCCUUACUGGGAUGCAUAUUCUUGCCAAAAUGCUACAUCAUUGUUUUCAGGCCUGAGCUAAACCACAGGGAGCAACUAAUAAAGAGGAAUUAG